UCUUUGCACGAGGAUCCGGGCUGUCAUGUUAUAGCCGUGUCGGCAGGCGCUCUGUGAAGCCAGGCACCCGUGAUAAGUCCUCUGAGGAUGGGAGGAAAUUAAGGCUACAUACCAAAGACACCCUACUCUGUCUACUUUGGGUUCAACUUAUCACACAUCCGGAAAACCCUUCAUGACUCCAGUCUGCUGUACCGUGCUGAACUGAGAAUGCGCAUCUCUGGAACUGUUCAGGAUCAGCGAUUGGAGCUCUACCAGGAGCAGAUCCACUCAAUCAACAGCACUUGGUACUACAUGGAUGGGCAUAUGGUGAAGGUGAAGAAUGAGAAGGAGUGGCUUUCGUUUGACGUCACCUCCGUCCUCCGGCAGUGGCUUGGAAGUACAGAGCCUCUGGGAAGAUUUCGCCUCAGCUCCCACUGUACCUGUGAAAGCGGUGUGGAGGAACUGAAAGUGGAAGUUGAAGGCACCAAAUUAAGGAGGGGUGAUCAGCAAGGGAUCAGCCAGGCGAAACAGCAGCCCCCCUAUCUUCUGGUGAUGGCGAUGCCCCCCGAGCGGGCAGACCACCUGCAAAACCGCCGGCAAAAGCGAGCGGCAGGCAUGGACUAUUGCAGCCAGUCACCAGAGGAGAAGAACUGUUGCGUGAGGCCCUUGUACAUCGACUUCCGCAAGGACUUAAAGUGGCGGUGGAUCUCACAACCCAAGGGCUACUAUGCCAACUUAUGCAUGGGUGCCUGCCCCUAUCUCUGGAGCGUGGACACUCAGUACAGCCAGGUCCUGUCUCUGUACACCCAACACAACCCAUCUGCCUCAGCCGCGCCCUGCUGCGUCCCAUACGAGCUCGAGCCAUUGGGGAUUGUGUACUACGUCGGCCGCCAAGCCAAGGUGGAGCAGCUUUCCAACAUGGUGGUCAAAUCCUGUCAAUGCAGCUGAGAGAAAAGUACUUGUGGACUUGGGAUGUCUCUUCUGGGCGAGUUGGAAUUAAAAAAUAAAUCAAUCUGAGCGGGGAAGGAGUCAGGACUGGAGAGGGACACAGACUCCCCUUCCCCUCUAACAAAAUCUUUUUCCAAAACAAAAAAACAAAAACAAUAAAAACCCUCAUUUGGUGAGAUUUAUUAUUA